AUCUAGAUAGACAGUCUCUGUGUUUUCCUCCUCUAUGAAGGUCUUCGCCAUGCCUCUGCUUCACUUGCGUCCGAGCGGCGGAUGGGAGCGCAGGAAGCACGGAGCCUCACGGUUUUAUUAUUGAUGUUUCCAAGCAUCCGCUGCUGCUGCUUGUGUUCCCGGACCGCGGCCCAUUCUGGAUGCGCAACCGACGGCAGCCGUUCAAGUUCAAUAAGGUUUUUGUCUGUGCAGCGAUCAUUUUUGGAUGCGCGCACCGGGGGACUGGGAUGUAAACACGCCGGCCUGUCUGCGCUCAUGAUCGGAGGCGAGGUGAGGCUCUCUGCUCGGGCUCAGAUCGCCAGCUGAUUUUAUUCUGGAGCAGAGCAGCUGUUCGCUCCAAUGGCGUCUGUUUCGAAAGUGUCUAUUCUGGAUUACUUCAAUAUUGUGUUUGAGGGAGAAAAUGGUAAAAUCGAGUCCAAUUGCAAGUCUUGUGGCACCCGAAUCCAAGCGAAACGGAGUGUUACCUCCAACUUCGUUACACAUCUAAAGCGGAAACAUCCGGCUAUGUACGAUGACUUUGUCAAAAGGAAGGAUAUGAAGAGAGAGGGUUAUUCCUCUGCUUGCCUGCACACUUUCGCCACCAAUGGAGGAAACCCCCGCUUUACACUCCCUGUAACAACUGGAGCAGCAGGAGGAGGGGCCCUAGGAGGUGUUGGAGGAGUGGGCUCCCUUGAGGAAGGAGGAGGCCACAGAACAGGGGUGACUAAGUUUGACAGACAUGACCCCCGUCAGGUUCUGAUCUCUGAGGCGAUAACUAAGAUGAUCGUGCACGAUCUACAGCCGGUGUCCAUAGUGGAAAAUCAAGGCUUCAGAGAGUUACUGCAGCUUCUGGAGCCCCGUUAUACCCCUGAGCCCCAGCAUUACAUCCAGGGACAGCUUCUUCCUGCUUAUGCCUAUCAGGCUCAGCUGGCUACGCGUCAGGCCAUAGCAUCGGCACACGCCCUCAGUCUCAGUUUGGAUCUCUGGAGGAGCCAAACUCAAACUGCAUCAGGUUACCUCGGUGUCACCUGCCAUUAUCUUGCAUCUGACUGGCAGAUCCGUUCAGCUCUCCUGGCCUGCCUCCCACUGACUUGCAGCAGCUCUGUGAGACGUGUCCUUGCAGAUUUUGAUGAAGUGUGUCACUCUCAUAGCGUGUCAGGGAGAGCAUUUUGUGUCGUUGCAGACCCUUUUCCAGCAACAACAACAGUGAGACCAUGUUGUCUUCCUGGGUUCCUGGUUCCUCCUCUUCUUAGUAAUAGACAAGAUGACGAUCUUACAGAUCAAGGGCUGGAAAACGGUAGCAAUGCAGAGCAAUGGAUCAGUAACGGCCAUGCAUGUAAUGGAGAGGAUGAAGAUUGGGGAGAGUCGUGGGAGCAGGGUUUGGGUGUUUGCCGAGUAGACUGCUUCUCUCGCUCCCUAGAACAAUGUGUCAGAGAAGGGCUGUGCUCCUCCCCACAAAUCUCCUCCACUCUGAGCAAGGUUGCACGUUUUUAUAACUACAUUACAUCUGCCGUACCUCCUGAGAAGCUCAUGCAGGUGUUUGAAGGGUGGAUGCCUGGAGGAAGCCAGGACAUUCAGGAUACUUCUACGGAUUGGGCUGCUCAACAUAAGGUCCUUCGGCGGCUGUUGGACUCAGUAGAGUUCCUGGAGGAGAUUAGCGGUCCUGGGGAGAUGUCACUGAGUGGUUCUGAAAGAGCCCUGUUGAGGGAGCUUGUUGACAUUUUAGAGCCCUUCACUGAGGCCUGGGACAUGGUACAUGGAGACGCACAGAAGGACACACAGCCAGACAGACAUGUGUCCAUCAGUUUGGCUCUGCCUUGUGUUCUUGGUCUGCGUAAGCAUCUCUCUGAGACAUCAACUCCCCAUUGCCCUGCCCUGCUGCUCAGCCUGAGCCAGUCACUAGAGCGCAUUCUGGCUCCAAUCCUGGAAAAACCCCUCUACAUUACUGCAACCACUCUGGAUCCCCAGUUUAAACUUACAUGGAGCAGCAACCCUGAGUGGCACAAGCAAGUUCUUAUAGGGGAGUUGUCUAAACAUACCAGAGCCUCCCCCCAACCUGAUCUCAACACAGACCUUAACUCUCAGUCCCAAACCAUUCCUACUCCCGCACAAUCUCCAGUCUCCUCGCUUUCUCGGCCCUGCAAACUGUUCUCUUUUAUCAAGCAAAGACCUGCAACACAGGCUAAAAGCCUUGAACAGGAGUUAUGUGUCUAUCUUCGAGAGGAGCCAACAGAUGAAGAGGCUCUGCAUUACUGGUGCCGUAAAGCCAUAGACUUUCCACUGCUAGCUCAAGUAGCCAAAAGAGCAUUCACUAUACCUGCUCGGGACACUGUGGUGGAAAAUAUCUUCUCCACGGCCAGGCGUUUCCUGUUGCCAGAAAGAGGCCACAUCCUACCAAAGAACUUGGAGACACUCAUCUACCUCAAAGCCAACUACAAAUUAUUGUGGACUUAAAAUUAUGAGUCAGGCAUCUUUUAUCUAAACGGCAGUUUCCAGUUUUAGUAAGGUGACCCUGUUGCUGUGAAGAAACCGGAGCUAGCAACAAAACAUACAGCCUGUUAUUAAGAGACUGAAAGUACAACCAUUUUCUCUCUUGAGUUUGGUUUUAGAUGUGGGUAUGGGUCUUUACUCUGAGCUGCUGGCUGUACUGCCUGGGAUCAAAUCAAGACUAAGACGUUCACCCUGAUUUUAUUUUGAAAUUUCAGGAUCUUGAGACUGCCACAGGGCUACUCUUUGUUUCCAACCUUUUCUUAGUGAAGCAUCUGUUUUAUUUAUGCUUACAGUCAUGAGAGAAAAAUGAAUCACUGUCCAUAAAGUCAUGGUAAUCAAUAGGUGCACACUGUGAACCAAUGGCAUGUAGAACUAACUUUAACAGGUACAGUAUAAAAAGUUUUCUAUAAAAUUUCACUUUAUCAUCACUUUCACUCAUGAAGAUUUUAAGAUAUUUGUUUCAUUGGCUCCUUGCAUUAGAUUUCAACUGGUUUGAACCAUUAAAACAUUUUUUUAAGUCUUUAGCCCUUUUUUGAAAAGUUGGCUGCUGUGCUUUGAGUCGUUUACCUGCUGCAUUAUCCAAUUCUAUGCAGUGGAUUUUGUGGUCAGAUCAGUAACUGCGAGGUGCUCAGUCUCUGUGUUUGCAAACAACAUGCCCAAAUCACCAUGAUGAGUCUGAAUUAUUGCAUUCCAGGUGUGAAAGAUCUUUCUUCCUUUUAAAGUAAUAGACUUUCAUGUAUUUAUGAACAGUUGGGGAACUAUUCUGAGAAUGAUGGACAGCAUUGAUUGCUUCUUGAAAUUCUUUGCUGGCCAUUAAAGCUACUUUGGUGUGGGAAAUUAAAUUAGCUUAAAAUGAAAUAUAUAAAUGCUUGUGAUUACAAACAAAUUGGUGCUUAUUUCCCUCUAACUUCCCAUAAAAGGAGCAAGGAUAUGCAUCUUUUCCCAUGAUUAUAUUGACAGUAAUAGAAAGUUUUUGUUUUCCCAUGUAUGUAGAUAUUUAGCCUAAUACCAGUAAUUAACUUAUUGUCAUCUGAGAAGCAUCACGUCUACUCAUCGCUUUAUUCUUUCCCCCCACUGACUGUACGCCGCCUCACCACCUGGACAUAAGAAUAAAUUGAUUUCAGUUUCUAA